AUGGCGGUGAACCAGAACCAUACGGUGGACCGCCGUGGGGCCGCCAUCCCUUCUGGCGAAAGCCUCUUGAAGAAGAGUUCAGAUGUGGACCUGUCCUUCCCCCAGCCACCGCCAGGCUCCAACCUCUUCAGUGGUACAAAGAGGGGAACCCUGUUUCUUACCUCAUACCGGGUGAUUUUUGUGGCUUCACGUUCAGACAAUGACCCCAUGUUGUCUUUUAUGAUGCCUUUCCAUCUCAUGACCAACUGCACUGUGGAGCAGCCAGUCUUUGGUGCAAACUACAUUAAAGGGACAGUUCAGGCAGCUCCAGAGGGUGGCUGGGAAGGAUCCACUCCUUUUAAAAUAGUCUUCAGAAAAGGAGGUGCUAUCGACUUUGCCCAGCUGAUGGCCAAAGCUGCGGCUGCUGCUGCCCAAGGAGUUCCACUCAGAGUUGCAAGUUUCUGGAUGACCCCUCUAGGAAUUUAUGUCAUCGCUGGGGAGAGGGGCAUGUAUGCUCCCCAGGCAUGCCAAGUUGCCCAUGGAGCCCCACCUGCAGGAUACGGACCCUCACCUGCAGGAUAUGGACCCCCACCUGUAGGAUAUGGAGCCCCACCUCCUAGAUACGAUGUCCUGCCUCCUGGAUACGGGUCCCCUCCUCCUCUAUACAUAGCUACCCCUAUGGGCUAUGGAGUUCCACCUCCUGGGUACAGAGCCCCACCUGUGAGCUAUGGCGCCCCGACUGUGGAGUAUGGAGUCGUACCUCCCACACACGGAACUACACCUAUGGGAUCCGGGUCCCCACCUCCCAGAUAUGAAGCCCCGCCCAUGGGGUACGGAACUCCUCCUUCAGGAUAUGGGUCCGUACCUCCGGGAUCUAGAGCCCUGCCCACAGCACAUGACACUCCACCUGCUGGGUCUGAAGCAAGGCCUUCCAUUUCUGCAGCAGCCCAGACUCGUGGAUUUCAGGCAUCUUUUCCAUCUACCUCGUCUUCACCGGCCUAUUCCCCCCCUUCUAAGAUGUAA